AUGAGAGAUGACAUUUGGAAGCUUGGCGAAGGGAGACUUUUGGACAUGAAUGUACUCACGGCUGCGGUGUGUGGAGUCCUGUUCUGCUCGGUGGCUCUAGCCUCUCCCAAAGUCAAAGAUGAGCACAGAACAGCUUUUUUUGGGGAGGACCUGUACAUCAACGUGCGGCCGAAGGAGCUGGGGGAGCUGGUGUUCAGGCCCAAGACCAACCUGUCCGUGGAGGUGGCUCUUCUCCAGGGGGGGCAGGUCCUGUCUCCCCAGCCGCAGGGGGACCUCUCUGGGCCUGAAGUCCGCCUCACGUCCCCUGGACACAUCAUCCUGGAGAACCUGCAGGAGAAGGACGAGGGGCUGUACAUCAUCAAGAGCAACACGUCAGCUCUGGUCAAGAAACUCACCGUCAUCGUCAGAGAUUGUGCCAUGGAGCAGAUAGUAAAAUAUGGGGACCAUUAUGACAUCCACCUCAGCCACGUGGAGGGGCCAGUCGCUCUGGAGUUCAGGCCGAGUAUGAGUCCCACAAACCAGACGGACACGGUGCCCACAGAGCCGCCUUCAGUGCUGCUGUUUAACCAGAGCGUCCUGCUGGAGGAGUACGAGGGCCGCCUCUCCGUCAGCCAGAGGAAGGCCACUCUGCGCUCUGUCAGGAUGUCUGACGAGGGCAGCUUCACCGUCUACGACCGCAACGGCAAAGUCAGACGGAGAAACUGCCUCAACGUCAGAGAGCACCAGAACUUCAUGCACCUCUCCUACGGCGCCAACCUGAAGAUGAACACGUACCUGCACCACUCGGGCGUCAGCGUGGUCUACAGGCCCAAAGGGGACAGCCAGGACCGGGCCGUGGUGGAGCAGGGCGUGGUGGUGUCUCCCCUGGACCCGCAGCUGGAGGGCCGGCUGACAGUAGAGGGCGCUGUGAUCCACAUGAAGAAGCUCCACGAGUCCGACACCGGAGUCUUCAGGAUCACAGACCUGGCUGGGAACUCUGUGGCCCUGGUUUACAUCGAGGUGGAGCCCUAUAAGCUUCCAAACCUGACUGUGGCGAUCUUGGCCAUGCUGGGACUGGUGGCCUUCAUGCUGCUGGUGUGUCUGCUGUCGUGUCUCUACAAAGUUCACAAGAGAAACGAGAAGAAUAAGAAACUGCUGCUUCUGGCUCAGCAGUCCAAAGGCGAAGGAGGAGAGGCCUUCAGACAGGUGGUGCACGAGGCCUACACUCGCUUCACGGAGGAGUCGCUGAUGCAGUCCACGUGCGACCAGCCGUCCGAGAGCACAGAGGUCACCAUCAAGGGUCUGGAGGUGUCCAAACCAGGUCGAUACCAGACUCUGCCUUCGGACAACAACCUGAUGGACAUGAGUGACUCUGGGGUGGAGUUUGCCAGCUCCGGUCUCCCCCUGGACAGCGACACAGACGGCGGUUUGACCUACGCCUCCCACAAACCCCUGCUCAACGCCGUCUCCCCCACAGCCGUCAGCGAGGUCCCGGCCAACAGCCCCGACGCCACGGCCCCAGACGCCUCUCGAACCCCCGACUCGAUCCUGAGCGGAAGCCCGGCCUCCAACCCGCGAUCGGCCGCCUCUGCAACGCUUGAGGAGAACCAGCAGGGGGCGGCAACUCCAAAGACAGAGGCAGACGGCGAGGAGAGUGUCGAGCCGGUCUCAAACGAAGCUCCCCAAAGCACCUAA